AAUCUAAGAUGGUUAAACAUACGAUACAGACCUUUGCUCGUAUUAAACCUACUCGGAAAACGGCAGGGGUGUACUCUGUGGACAAUGAAGAUCAGAUCAGCUCUUCUUUGGAGUUUGUGGUUCCAAGGGAUUUGGCACAAGGCUUCAUUAACAAUAAGAAGGAGAGUUACAAGUUCAGAUUUCAGAAGAUUUUUGAUCAAAGUGCCAAGCAAGAAGACAUAUUUGAGAGUAUUGCCAAACCAGUAGCAGACAGUGUCCUGGCAGGUUACAAUGGCACAAUCUUUGCCUAUGGCCAAACCGGCAGUGGAAAGACCUUCACCAUUACAGGAGGCGCAGAGCAUUAUAGCGAUCGUGGUAUCAUUCCCCGUACUCUCUCAUAUCUAUAUGAGCGCUUCAGCCAGGAAAGCAGCAUGGUGUACACAAUCCACAUCUCUUACUUGGAGAUCUAUAAUGAUACUGGUUAUGACCUCCUGGAAUCUCGACAGGACUUGAUGUCUCGAUUAGAAGACCUACCAAAAGUUAGAAUCCAGGAGGAUCUAGACCAGAAUGUUCAUCUGAAAAACUUGUCUAUGCUCCAGUCUGCAAAUGAGGAAGAAGCCUUGAAUCUGCUCUUUCUGGGAGACACAAACCGAAUGAUUGCAGAAACUCCCAUGAACCAGGCCUCCACACGCUCGCACUGUAUUUUCACAGUGCACCUGUGCAGACGGGAGCCAGGCUCAGCUAUGGUGCGACGCUCCAAGCUCCACCUGGUGGACCUGGCAGGAUCAGAUCGAGUUUACAAGACUGGCCUAAACGGACAGCUUCUUACAGAAGCCAAGUAUAUUAACCUCUCCCUUCACUACCUAGAACAGGUUAUCAUAGCUUUAUCAGAGAAGAACCGAUCGCAUAUUCCCUAUAGGAACUCAAUGUUGACAUCUGUGCUGAGAGACAGUCUCGGGGGAAAUUGCAUGACAACAUUGAUUGCUACUAUGGCAGUGGAUAAGAGAAACAUUGAUGAAUCCAUCUCCACAUGCCGAUUUGCACAACGUGUCGCUCUAAUCAAAAAUGAAGCCAUACUAAAUGAAGAGCUGGAUCCUGCUCUGCUAAUAGCCCGUCUAAAGAAGGAGGUCCAGUCUCUGAAGGAGGAGUUGUCCCUGGUUACAGGGGUACAGAGACAUGACCAGCUCACAGGGGACGAGAUCCACAAGUUAGAAGAAUUACUCGAGACAUUUUUAGAUGAUCCCGAUCCUGAAGUGACUCUGGAUUUGGGGUCAGAUAUGAGGAAGAUUCAACACUGCUUCUAUCAGCUUAAGAUGAAGGUUCUGGAAAAACCAAGCAGAGGGGCCGCACUUACUGAUGGGAAAAUGAUACCAGAAGCAACGCUGAUGAGAGGUGACAUUCAGGAAAGUCAGCAGUGUGCAGCAGAAGUUACAAAGUUGAAAGAGAUGCUGACACAACGCGACAGUGAGAUCAGUAUCCUCAUUAAGAUGUUGAAGAAUGAGAAGAAAAGAGCCCAGGAUGCGACUACACAACUGGCCAAACUCACCCAAAGCCAAUACACAGUUUCACCAAGUGUUGCUGUGUUGUCCAGAGUGUCUAAUGAAGAGUCCAGUGAAGAAGACAUAAACCUGACAGAUGGACACUCAGAAGGACGAGCUAUGCAAUACAAGAAAAAAGGUCCCAAGUUGUCUAUGGGAAAGCGAGAGGCCUUCGAGAUCUUUUUAAGAGACCAUGAGGACCACCUGACCAUCGAAGAAAACAAAACGCAAUUGAAACAAAGGUCAGUUGAAGCAAAAAGCCUCGGAAAUGAAUUAAAUGAAACAAGAAACCGAAUAAAUGAGCUGAAGAAGCAGUUAGAUUUGCGAAGGAGGCAGAGAGCCGCUCAGGCGGUUCUUGAAAAUCACAUGGAAUUUGAAGAUGUCUUGGAUCCAGUAGAAGAAGAACUACGGACACAAAUUGAAAAGGAAAAAAAGAUUUACAAGAGCACCAUUGACCGUCUUAAAGCAUUACGCACUGAGAUUGAGCACCUGCAGCUGUUGUUGGAGAGGGCAAAGGUCAAACUCCAGAGGGACUUCCAGAAAUGGUGGAGUGAGGAGGCAUCCUGUGUGCAGAAAUCAGAAGCUAUGGCAAGGAAUCAAACGGCAUCUUUAACCAGGCAACCCUCUCCUCGUUUGCAAACAUCCAGUAUGAUUUUCUGUUAUUUCAAUGUUGGUACCAUACUCAGUACCGUUCAGGAUUAUCACACAGGCCGAGCUCGAGACUUGGAUUAUCCCACCUAUUCUGCAGAAGGCUUUAGAAGCCCAACGCCAAAAAGAGGACCUCCAGUGACCACUGUUCCAGCCUGGGUUGAUGAACUUGCUCAAAGAACAAUCUCUGACAUGAAAUCCUCUACACAGUUAAGGAAUUUAUCCACAACCAGUAUCACAUCUUCCUCUAUUCCCCUGACUGGAGACAAGAAGGCUGAUGCAGACAUUAUGGCCUUUGUAAAAGCCAGAGAGAGACUCCUGCAAAAAAACAGGCAACACUUAAAAUAGCUUUUAGCUCCAC